AUGCCACUAAAACACGUAGUGUACUGUGAAGUGUGCUCUUACCCACCUGAGUACUGUGAAUUUACUGGUAAAGUCAAGCGAUGCAAAGUAUGGCUGCGAGAUGCCGAUAGGCAAUUGUACGCCAAGUUGUACGACGAAGCGGAUUUGGAGGGUGCUACUGCAAAGCUUGCGGAAUCGUCAAUCGGUGGCGAAAGAGAGGAAAAACUAGAGAAGGACCUCCUGAAACUGCAGGCAAAGCAAGAGAGCAAAGAACAGCGUGAACUCGCGAAAAAGCUGUCAUCUAAAGUGGUCAUCAAGCGUGAAGCCAGAACGAAGCGUAAAUGCAUGAUCGCCAUAUCUGGGCUGGAAGUGUUUGAGAUCGACAUGAAGAAACUCGCGAAGACUUUUGCGUCCAAAUUCGCUACUGGGUGCUCCGUAUCCAAGAACGCCGAGAAAAAGGACGAAAUUAUUGUUCAGGGAGACGUAAUGGACGAAGUAGAGGCCUACAUCCAUGCGCUUUUGGAGGAGAAAGGACUCAAAGAAGUCAAGGUCGAGAAAAUCGAUAACCAAAAGAAGAAAAAGAAGCCCACAACAACCACCCCAGGAGCUCAGAACUGA